GAAGUGGCAGGUGCUGGGAGGACCCCUGUGUUCUCAGAGCUGGAACAGCGGCCAAGCUUUGCCCAGCUCCUGGGAGCCAGUUACCCGCUGAGACCCUCGCCUUGGUGGCGUGAAGACGUCCAGGGGGCCGCAGUGGAAGGCAGCCAAGGGAGUUAGUGUUGUUGGCAUUACAGCGAGGCACCGCGUGCACGGCCAAUGCACUCAGACAGUCCAGAGAGAGGAGCAGGCAAAGGGUGGGAGGAAACUCAUUUGACAACUGGUAAAAUCGGGGUAAGGGAGGCCCCAAAUUGAUUGAGCAACUAGCCCUGGGGCUGCAACAGUCCAGUGCCUUGACCAAGUUGUUCAGAACAUUGAAUAUAUGUUUGGUAUUGUUGGUAUUCCAGUGACUGAAAUUGCAAUUGCAGCCCAAGCAAUUGGAAUAAAAUAUAUAGGAAUGAGAAAUGAACAAGCUGCUUGCUAUGCUGCCUCUGCUGUUGGGUACCUGACAGGAAAACCAGGAAUAUGUCUUGUGGUUUCUGGUCCAGGUCUCAUACAUGCUCUGGGUGGGAUGGCAAAUGCGAACAUGAAUUGCUGGCCUUUGAUUGUUAUUGGAGGUUCCUCUGACAGGAAUCAGGAAAUCAUGGGAGCUUUCCAAGAAUUCCCACAGGUUGAAGCUUGUAGGCUAUACAGCAAAUUUUCUGUCAGACCCAGCAGCCUAGAAGCUAUUCCUGCUGUUAUUGAAAAGGCAGUGAGGUGCAGUAUCUAUGGUCGCCCAGGUGCCUGUUAUGUUGACAUGCCAGGAGACUUUGUAAAUCUACAGGUGAACAAGAGCUCUGUCAAAUAUGUUAAGUGCUGUUUGCCGCCUCCUGUCUGCACAGCUGAGCACUCUGCUGUAUCUGAAGCAGCAUCUAUCCUUGCACAUUCCAGACAGCCUCUCCUAAUCAUUGGCAAAGGGGCUGCUUAUUCACAUGCUGAAAACAGCAUCAGAAAGUUGGUAGACCAGUGCGGGCUACCAUUUCUGCCUACCCCAAUGGGAAAAGGAGUUGUUCCUGACAACCAUCCAAACUGUGUAGCUGCAGCCAGAUCCAGGGCAUUGCAACAUGCUGAUGUAAUAAUAUUGUUUGGUGCCAGGUUGAACUGGAUUUUGCACUUUGGACUUCCACCAAGAUUUCGACCAGAUGUAAUGAUUAUCCAGGUUGAUAUUUGUGCAGAAGAGCUGGGGAAUAACGUGAGACCUGCGGCAAAUUUAUUAGGUGACAUAAAUGCCGUGACUGAGCAGCUUUUAGAACAACUUGUUCUAUUGGAAUGGAAACAUCCUCCUUAUUCAGAGUGGUGGAAGGGAUUAAGAGAGAAAAUGAAGAGCAAUGAAGAAACAUCCAAGGCAUUGGCAUUACAAAAGUCCCUGCCUAUGAAUUAUUAUACAGUAUUCCAUCAUGUCAGAGAACUGUUACCCAGGGACUGCAUUCUGGUUAGCGAGGGAGCUAAUACUAUGGACAUUGGACGCACUAUGCUUCCAAACUAUCUUCCUCGCCACAGACUCGAUGCUGGUACAUUUGGAACAAUGGGAGUUGGGCUAGGUUUUGCUAUAGCAGCUGCAAUGGUGGCUAAAGAUCAGACACCCGAGCAGCGAGUGAUCUGUGUAGAAGGAGACAGUGCUUUUGGAUUUUCUGGCAUGGAAGUGGAAACUAUUUGCAGGUAUAACUUGCCAGUUGUAAUUAUCAUAGUUAACAACAAUGGGAUAUACAGUGGUUUGGAUGCAGAUUCCUGGAAGGAGAUGUUAAAAUCUGGAGAACCAACUGUUUGUGCACCCCCUGUUUGUCUCCUGCCAAAUUCUCACUAUGAGCAGAUGAUGUCAGCGUUUGGGGGUAAAGGAUACUUUGUAAAAACACCAGAGGAACUGCAAAAUGCCCUGAAAGCAAGCCUGGCAGAGAAGCAAGUGCCUUCCCUUAUCAAUGUAAUGAUCAACCCACAAGCUGACAGAAAGCAGCAGGAUUUUCACUGGCUGACUCGUUCUAAUAUGUAACAAAAGAUGCAGUGUGUGAUGAUCCUAGCCAAUACAUCUGCUUCAGCCAAACCAAUCAUUUUCCAGGAGUGAAACAGCUAAAGCUAUAUUUUAUCAUUAUUUACAUAAGACUGUAAAAUCCUAGUUUUGUUUCACUUUUUAAAAAAAAAAUCACUUAUACACUACUGUAAUAGCGGGUAAUCAACACAAGAGACCCCUAAAUGUACAUCAGAGUGUCCACUCAAAGGAAAUCUUCCUUUUAUGGCUAUGAACCAGAUCAUAUAGAAACACUUGAAUGAUAAAAUCAUUCUUUUCUUUUUACUACAAAUGUAACAGAUCAGACUUGUCAAUUAAAUCCUUAGUCCUUGUGGGGGCUGGGAGGGGAAAGGGAAUUUGUUGUUUACAAAUGGAAAAAAAUCUUCACAAUCAUAGUCUGUCCUUUGUUUUGGGGUUGUUUUUCCCCUCUUGAUCAACAUGCUGCUUACCAGAAAGCUUUUUUUUAUAGACCCCAAGUCUCUUACUCAGGGUUGGCACCUCAGUGAGAGGUGCUGAAUAUCUUCACUUCCUAUUCUCACAGUCCAUUGGAGUUGACAGUCCUCAGCACCUUUCAGGGUUGGGGCUCAGCCUCUACUCCAGCAAAAUAUCCACUAAUUUCAAUGGGAGUCUUGUCAGAAAAGGACUAAGCCCUUAAUUUCUUGCACUGUAUUUUUCUGUACAGAGAUGCAGACUGUGAAUUGACAGCUUUGUAUCCUGGAAUUACUUUAGAAACUUCUAAAGUGUAUUUAAAAAAAUGCCAGAUUUCACUGCAAUACUGGAUUUGUUUGUUGGAUUAAUUUCUGCAGCCUGCUAACUUGAACCUGCUUUACUAGCAGAAAAAGAAAAUCUUAAAUUACUGCCUUGUCCACCUGUUCCCACACACACACCUAUCACGCUGAAAUCAGUAGUGCAAAAGAAUUCAGAAAUAAACAUUCCAUGAUCAAGAGAUUGCAAACUGUUAACACUGGAGCUAGUGGAAGGGACCCCUGCGCUUGGGGUUGGCUAUGGCGGUCACCUAGAUUAAAACUGGGCCAGUGCCAGCUGGCUGAGAGGAUGCACAGGUUAUGGCUGGGGUUAGAGUUGGGCCCAGCUGGGGGGGGGGGGCCCUCUGGGCUAGAGAUGGGGGCCAGCGCCCCUAAUGUCAGGGUAGGGUCUGGCUGAGUGGGCCCUGAAAUCAAGGCAGGAUUAGGGUAGGAGCCAUCUAAGGGGGACUUGGGCUAGGCUUGGGGCCAGGAGCAACAGGCUGAACCAGCUCUCUAAGCUGUCGUGACUUCACAGAGAUCUGUGCUAUGCCUUUAAACGGUCUCCUGGGAGUAACCCCUUACCAGUGUCUGACCCCAAGGACCCACACUUUUCCACAAAGACAGGCUACAUGGCCUCAACAACUGCUGGACUGGGCUUUGGGCUCCAGAACCCCUGUUUCUCAUCAUGAGCUCCUACUGUAAGUCCAACUCAGGGCUGGUCUAUGCUGAAAACUUACAUCAGCAUAGCUUCAUCUCUCGGGAUGAAAAAUCCACACCCUGAGAGAUGUAACUUAGGGCAGGUCUACACUAAGGGCGGGGGUCAAACUAGGGUACACAAGUUCAGCUACGUG